AUGAAUCCAGCCAACGCCACCCCCGUCAACUACUCUUCUGAUGUCAGUUGUCAGACCGUGGGCAAAGGUGUCUCUUUGCAACAUUUCGUCGACAGCGGCAUCCCCCUUUACAAAGUUGCAUUUAAAGCUGGACGAUCCGAAUUAUGCUAUUUGUCGGACAAAGAUGCGUGGAUAAGAUUGCCUAAAAUGGGGGAUCUGGUCAUCAUUGAAGCAGACCGGGGCCGUGAUUUGGGAACCAUUGUUGCUGAUCGAGUCAAUGCGUCCGAACUUUGUGGGAAGGAAGAAAUAAUGUCACCUCCUGCUGAUCCUCUCUCGGUCACCGACACCGGACGCAUCAAUCCCAAGGACGUGUAUGUGAAGCAAAUGUUUCGAUUAGCGGAAUCGGCGGAAAUUGCCAGUCUUGCCACCAAAAGCCAAGAUGAAGCCAAAGCAUUGCUCGUAUGUCAGGCUAAAAUUAAACAGAAGGGAUUGUGCAUGGAAGUUCUGAAUGCUGAAUAUCAAUGGGAUCGGCGUAAGCUGACUUUUUACUUUGUGGCCGAUCAGCGUAUCGAUUUUCGCGAAUUGGUGCGCGAAUUAUUCAAAAUCUACAAGACACGAAUCUGGAUGUGCGCCACUAAACCGGUUUGA